UGCGUCAAAACUUAGCCAACUGAAGGAAUCGUUACAGUUAGAGCAUCAGUUGCUUCACGUUCCCUUCGAUCACUACAAGAAAACGAUCCGAGCCAACCAACGUGCUGUCGAGAAGGAGAUCUCUUCUGUUAUUUCUGGCGUCGCUGAUGUGGCCGACUCCGCUAACCUCUCUAAGGACGAUGCCGUUUCCCAUCUCAGUUCCCUUAUUUCCCGUUUGCAAGGCCUCAAGCGAAAGAUUUGAGUUCCAGUUGAAACUUCAGGAGUUCAUAGAGUUGGUAAGAACCGAAUGCAAUACGCGUGCUAUUUCAUAUGCUCGAAAAUAUAUAUCUUGCACCAUGGGGAGCAACUCACAUGAAAGAAUUGCAGCGAGUCAUGGCAACAUUGGCCUUUGAAAGUAACAAUGAUUGUGCAAUAAAGUACAAGGUAAGGU